UACUUUUCCUUCUUGCCAUCUCUCUACCACACACGCACUCGUUCCCGCAUCCCCCAACCACCUCUUGAUCUGUCUGCUCCGCGCUCUUUGCACGCGACUCCUCGUCUUGAACCUUUUUGCAGGCUCACUUGUUCAGACGCCCGGACCCCUUUGUAUCUUGAGCGCGAUUUCCCUUUCUCUUGCCUUUUCGUACAACUUGUCAAAUCGCUGGAAUCAUGAGCAAAGUGACUGAGAUUGGCAUGGCCGAGGUGCCGCUCCUCGAGGGCUAUGUCGGCAACCUCACCACUGAGCAGGAGGAUGCUCUCAAGGAGAUGUGGCUCAACUUUUUCAAGACCUGCGCAUCUGCCAAGGGCUCUGCUUCGGGCGACAAGCCUGCCGAUGGCGAAGCUCAGGACGCCAACUGGGACGAAGCUUCCGGUGAUCCCAAGAAAGCUGGUAUCCCCAAGGGUGACGCAGCCAAGGAGGAGGCCACCAAGAAGGAGGAAGAGGCUGCUAUGAACGAGCUCCUCACCAAGUACGGCUCCGAGGCUCUGCGCGAGACUUUCUGGAAGUUUGUCAAGAUCGACAACCCAGACACUGCCAUGCUGCGUUUCUUGCGUGCCCGAAAGUGGGACGUAAGCCGCGCAACUGCCAUGCUUGCAGGCUGCCUCAAGUGGCGUCUCGACAACGCCAUUGAGGAAUACGCCGAGAAUGGAGACCUUGGAAACGGCGCCAAGAUCGACAAGUAUCUUGAACAGCACAGAUCUGGCAAGACGUACGCUGUUGGAACUGCGAGCAACGAGAUGCCCAUCGCUCUGAUCAAUGUGGCGAAGCACUCCAUCGUCGGACAGCCCGGUGCUACGCUGCAGCGCUUUGUUAGCAGCACCAUGGAAAUCUGGCGUCUCCUUCUCAUCCCGCCCAACGACAAGGUCGUUCUGAUCUUUAACAUGACAAACUUUGGUCUCAAGAACAUGGACUGGAACUGCAUCCUUUACAUUGUCAAGUGCUUGCAGUCGUACUACCCCGAGUCUCUGGGCAUUGUCUACGUUCACAAUGCGCCCUGGAUCUUCUGGGGUAUCUGGAAGAUCUUGGGUCCCCUCCUCGACCCCGUUGUGCGCGCCAAAGUCGCCUUUACCUCCAAGCCCGAGGAGCUCGAGAAGCACAUUCCCAAGGAGCGUCUCCUCGAAGAGUUCGGUGGCACAAUGAAGAACGUGUACACUUUCCCCGAGCCAGUCGAGGGCGAGAACGACAACCUCAAGAACGAGUCCAAGCGCAAGGAGACCUGGGGUACCUACAUCGGACUGGCCGACGAGUACGAAAAGGCUACGACUACCUGGGCCAAGGGUGACAAGGAUGAGAAGCUUGUUGAGAAGAGAAAGCUCCUCGUCAAGCAGCUCCGCGUUGCUCAGUACGAGCAGGAGCCUUACUACCGAGGAAAGGGUGUUCCUCACAGAGACGGCACUCUGGACGGCCAAGGUAUCGUCACCUGGGAGUACCCUCAAAAGGACGGCUCGACGCUCCGCCACAUUGUUGGCCGACAACAAUGUGUUGCCACUCUCAAGCGCGAGAUCAAGGAGAUGCAAGAGGGCAAGUCCGCUGCAGAUGUUGAGGCCAAGACUGCCAAGGCUGUUAACGACAGCGACUGGGUCACUCUGUACGGCGACGAGCAGACUGCGCGCCGUAUCGAGGGUGAGCGUCUUGACGGCAAGGUCCCUCCUCCUGGAACCAAGUCUGUCGCUCCUCACCAGGCUGGCAGCGUGGACGCUGUCCUCGGCGCAGCGCCUCAGGGCGCUCCCGCGACAGGAGCGGCCGACGCCGCUCCCGCCGCGCCUGCUGCUGCAGCAGAAGCAGCCGCGGAGCCCUCUGAGAACUUCAAAGAUGCUCCUCAGGCCGACGCCGCUGCGACCGAGAAGGCUGUCAACGGCGACAAGCCCGCAGCUGCCGUGGAGCAAAGUCAAGCGUCCGAGCCCACCGCUACUACUCCUGCUGCACCCAACGGCGCUGCUCCCAACGGCGCCACCGCGGAUUCGGCGCCAAAGACAAACGGCACCAGCGUCAAGGCGAAGGUUGAAGAGAAGAGCGAUUACGCCAAGGAGGACCUAAAGAACAAGGGCGAGACCCUCGGCCGUCGUUUCUCCAAGCUCAUGGGCCGCAAGUGAUUCUGGACUUGAUCGUCUCGCAUGUUUCGUGGAGUAGACACCUUUGGAGGAUGCCUCUUCAUACGUCUCGUAUAUUGAUCCGCAGCUCUCACUUCUUUUCCUUCUUGUAACCCCGAGUGCGCAUAGGAGCGCGCCCUUUGCAGUGAUACCCUCGUCUCUUGCCCUUAUCUCUAGACAAGCGCUUUUGCGCACAAGGCAAGAGCACGACCUGCGUAGCUGGUGCUUCUUGAGUCCAUACUGCUCCUUCGUCAGCACUUUCGCCGCCCUUCACUUUUGUCUCUUAUCGAAAUGGAAUACAGAUCUAUAUUGCUCAG